AAAUCUGGUCUAGUCUAUUUUCUAUUCCCUUUCGGUCUAUGACUCUAGGUAGCUAUCGCCCGCCAUCAGCCCUGUGCAUUGCUCUGCUUUUUGCUCCCCGUUCAGUGAAAUUGCACAUCAAGCAAAAGCAAUCCCAACUUUGUAAUUUGCUUUGCUAGUUUUUGCUUUGAUUGACAUCUGAAAUCACUCGAACCAAAUCUCCUGUUUUCCACCUUUCUGCUCCUUCCUCUUUAUUUGUUUCCCCGUCCUCUGCAUUUUAAGCCUUUUCCUGUUUUGCUACUUUACCCCCUGUUUUUGGGUUGAGAGAGAAGCUAACAAAAAAUUUCUUGUCAUAUUAACAACAGUAAGCCUUGCACAUGCAGUAGAAAUGGCAACUGAGAAAGACCAAGAUUUCUUCUCCCACAAGCACCCUUCUGCUUCUCAGGUCAUGGAAGAAGUUCGAGAGCUCUGGGGCAUGGCCCUUCCCAUAACGGCCAUGAACUGUCUGGUGUUCGUCCGAGCCGCGGUGUCGGUCGUAUUCCUGGGCCGUCUCGGCAGCCUGGAGCUCGCGGGAGGCGCCCUCUCCAUCGGGUUCACCAACAUCACCGGCUACUCUGUCAUGGUCGGCCUCGCCUCGGGCCUCGAACCCGUCUGCAGCCAAGCCUACGGCAACAAGAACUGGGACCUCCUCACUCGCUCCCUGCAGCGCAUGGUCCUCAUCCUCAUCCUCGCAGCGUUACCCAUCUCCAUGUUGUGGCUGAAUCUCGAGAGGAUCAUGGUUUUCGCAGGGCAGGACAAAGCGAUCACAGGCAUGGCGGCCACGUACUGCCUCUACUCUCUGCCGGACCUGUUGACGAACACGUUGCUGCAGCCGCUGCGGGUGUUCCUGAGGUCGCAGAAGGUGACGAAGCCGCAGAUGUACUGCUCUCUGGUGGCAGUGGCGUUCCACGUGCCGCUGAACCUGGUGCUGGUGAGGAUGAUGGGGCUGGGAGUCCCCGGCGUGGCGGUGGCGUCGGUGCUGACGAAUCUCAACAUGGUGGUGCUCAUGGCGGGAUACGUGUGGUGGGGGAAGGGGAUGACGAUGAUGAGAUGGACGGCUGGGAUUGGAGAGGUGUGUGGUGGACUUGGCCCACUGUUGAAGCUGGCAGUGCCGAGCUGCUUGGGAAUAUGUUUGGAGUGGUGGUGGUAUGAGAUUGUGACAAUCAUGGCUGGUUAUUUGCCUAAUCCAACUCUGGCCGUCGCCGCCACCGGGAUUCUUAUUCAGACCACAUCCAUGAUGUACACUGUGCCCAUGGCGCUAGCUGGCUGUGUUUCCGCCAGAGUUGGGAACGAGCUCGGAGCUGGGAAGCCAUAUAAGGCCAAGCUUGCAGCGAUGGUUGCUUUGGGAUGUGCAUUUGUGAUUGGCAUCAUCAAUGUAACAUGGACGGUGAUUCUUAGGCAGAGGUGGGCUGGCCUGUUCACCCAGGACAAGCUUGUCAAACUUUUGGUUGCUUCAGUUAUGCCAAUUAUGGGGCUCUGUGAGUUAGGUAACUGCCCCCAAACAACUGGCUGCGGCAUCUUACGCGGCACCGCACGCCCUGCCGUGGGUGCCCGUAUCAACUUGGGUUCUUUCUACUUUGUGGGCACUCCUGUAGCUGUUGGACUUGCUUUCUGGCUCAAGAUUGGGUUCGCCGGGCUUUGGUUUGGUUUGUUGUCUGCACAGGUAGCUUGUGUUGUGUCUAUUCUCUAUGUGGUGCUGGUGAAGACUGAUUGGGAGGCUGAGGCUUUGAAGGCCAAGAUGCUGACUGGCGUAGAAAUGGUUGAAUGCAAUGAGAAAGAUGAUGAAGAAAACAAAGGCUUAUUGAAGAAUGAAAACUAUGAUGAUCACAGUAACAAAGAUGAAUUCAUUUAGACUUAUGGAUGAGAGGAAGAGAGAGACCUUUGUUGUGUAGUUACGUUGUUCAGGGUCAUGAGCUGCUCGAACCAGUCAUGCUCAGGAUUUUGUGUUUCGGCUUUCUUGUUUCGUUAUUAGUUUUCAUGGGUCUCAUUUUGUCA